AUGAGGAGCCCAAAAAGAAACAAACAUGGCCUUAAACCAGCUCAUAUUCCACAGGAAGUUUGGAACUCUUGGCAAUUAAAAUGGAACACAGAAGAAUACAAGCUAAAAUCUGAGCAGAACAAGGAGAAUAGGCGUAACGGUGUGGCUGAUGGAGUAGCAAAACCUACACAUAACACUGGAUCUGCAUGUCAUUUGAAGAUAGCUUCUGAUUUGAAGAGGAAAUUAGGACAUGAGUCACUCCAUAGUGAAUUGUUCCUGUAUACACACACUAAGAAUCAUGAUGGAGUCACUUUCACAAAUGAAAAAGAUAGGCAAAUUCAUGCAUCCUAUAUAGAAAAACGGGAAGAGUUGGAAGCCGAAGGUGUUGAAUUUGAGGAGGACAAGCUAUUUUAUGAUGUUGUUGGUGGUCAUGAUAAAAAAAAAAGACUUUAUGGAUUAGGCUCUUUUGCAAAGGCGGUUCCCAAUAGCAAUGAAGAAAUGAGGGAGCUUGUUGCUAAACAACAACAGCAAAACAAAGAGCUUACAAAAAUGAUGAACGCCCAACAAGAAGAAAACAAAGCAAGGGUCGGGCAUCUUGAAAAAUAA